UAUAUAUAGUGUUUUGUCAGUGAGAGCUCACUGAUUGUCUUCAUGAUGACCAUCAUCUCUCUGCUCCUGCUGACCUCUCUGCUGCCACACCUGACCUUCACUGCUCGUGUGAAUGUGGGUAUAGUGAACGGCCAGGAAGCAACACCCCACUCCAGACCUUACAUGGUUUCUCUUCAGGAGGACAAGGAACAUGUCUGCGGUGGAUUUCUCAUCUCUGAUGAGUUUGUCUUGACUGCUGCACAUUGCCGAGACAAAAAAAAGAAACUGACAGUUGUGGUUGGUGCACAUAACCUGAAAAAUGAGAAUGAGGGGUCUGUCCGCAUUGGAGUGAAGUCCUACCACCAGCAUCCAGACUAUUGCUGUGAUUCGCACCUGAAUGACAUUAUGCUUUUGAGGCUAGAGAAAAAAGUCAAACAAAGUAAAACUGUUAACAUGAUCUCAUUAAUAAAAAAUAAAAAAGACACUGAAUCAGGCACUGUCUGUAGUGUUGCUGGCUGGGGAAGCCUGCGGACUAAUGGCUCUGCGAGCGAUUGCCUAAUGGAGGCAAAAGUGAAGAUAAAGAAUAACACAGAAUGUGAAAGAAGAUGGGAAGGGAUCUACUCAGUCUCAAAGAUGAUGUGUGCAUAUAGCCAUGGUGGAUCCUGCAACGGAGAUUCUGGGGGUCCUUUGGUUUGUGGAGACACUGCAGUGGGUGUCACAUCUUUUGGAUAUGAAUUACGCUGUAAUGCACUUAAGAAACCUAAUGUGUAUACUAAGAUUUCAGCAUAUGUUCCAUGGAUCUACAAAAUCAUUAGAAAUGUUAAGUAA